ACAGUUAACAAUUUUAUUCGUUUAAUAAAUAAAAUUGUGCAAUGCUAAUUUAGGAUUUUUUCGAUGUAAUUAACAACUUACAACGUUAUUGCAGAUUGAGCAGUGACUGCUUCUAUGAUAUAUUGUGCUAUUUAAAAUUUGUGCCAUAACUAUUUUAAUAUUGUGCAGUUUGUAUACACUAAAAGCUAAUUGUAUGUUAUUGCACAAUUAUUAAGUUCACUAGGUAAGAAGUACUCCACGGGUAUUUUAUAUGGCGACAAAGGCGGCAAAAUUAAAAGAGAGAGAAUUUAUCAAAGAGUGUAUUAAGCUAUACCGCAGUUUACCAUCUUUGUGGAAUGUAAAAAGCAAAGUUUAUUAUGACCGUCAAAGAAAGAAAAAGGCAUAUGCUGUUUUGUUAACUAAAUACAGAGAAAUGUUUCCUGAAGCGACAAGAGAAGAUGUAAAGAAGAAAUUUAACGUUCUGCGAACAAAUUAUCGCAAAGAAUUCAAAAAGUACCUUAGUGCUAUGGCUGCAGGAGAAUCAUACUCACCAUCAUUAUGGUACUUUAAUGAACUGGAUUUCCUGUAUGAUGAUGAAUCAUCAGAAGAUUUUUGCGAAAGUUCUAUCUUGGAUGCCCAAAGUUUUACCAUAGAUUAUGAAGAAUUAACAGAUAUUGAGGAAAGUUCAGCUAAAAAAGUUAAAAAAUUAAAGACAGAAGAACCAGCAGAUCAAGAAUAUCCAAAUAUAAUUGAAAUCAGAGAUGAAUUUUAUCAUUGGGCUAUGGCAUGCGCUUCAGAUCUUCGAAAAAUGGAGCGGACUCAACAACUUUAUGCUAAGAAAGCAUUUGCUGAUAUUAUUCUAGAAGGUCAAUUAGGACUCCUACACCGGCACUCCGUUAAAAUAAAUGAAUCUUCAUCGCAAGUACCACAACCUUUGUAGCCCAACACAGGUACCUACCUACACAAUAAAAAACUCCUAUCACUUAUAAUAAGCUCUUGUGCAUUAACAUCUAGCCGAAGAGCUUUGUGUUUCAGAGAAACUGCCAAAUCCGACAUAAGAACAGCCGUUUCAAUGGAGCCACACCAUUUUAUCGCCAAAAUAGUGUUUAGUUUUAUUGCCCGAUUUAAUUUUAAAAUAAAUAAAAUUUAAAGUUAUGCUAUACUUGUAACAUGUAUAUUUAAGCUAUGGACUAUAUGUAGGUUCUCUUAGAGUCGUGGGCCUCGACGCUGCU